GCUCGCCCCUCACCUCCGCCGCCCGCUCCCGCCCGGCCGCCGUACCGCCCUCCCGGGAGGAGGAGAAGGAGGAAGUGACGUUACGGGGAGUCACGGCCUACGGGGGUGAGGGGUCGGUAAAUAUUGGUGACGUCAGGCCGCCAAGAUGGCGGAGGGGGAGGAGGCAGGCUGGUGGCGGAGCUGGCUGCAGCAGAGCUACCAAGCCGUCAAGGAGAAGUCCACAGAAGCUUUGGAAUUCAUGAAACGGGACCUGGCUGAGUUCACUCAUGUAGUGCAGCAUGACACAGCCUGCACUAUUGCUGCUACGGCCAGCGUGGUCAAGGACAAGCUGGCAAGGACAGAAGGUUCCUCAGGUGCGACUGAAAAAGUGAGGAAAGGGCUUUCUGACUUCCUCAGUGUCAUCUCAGAUACGUUUGCUCCCUCGCCCGAUAAAACCAUUGACUGCGAUGUCAUAACACUGAUGGCAACACCCACAGGUAGCACAGAGCCCUAUGACAGCGCCAAGGCUCGCCUCUACAGCCUCCAGUCGGACCCAGCCACCUACUGCAACGAACCUGAUGGCCCCACUGAGCUCCUUGAGGCCUGGCUUUCUCAGUUUAACCUAGAGGAGAAGAAAGGGGAGAUCGCGGAGCUGCUGGCCACCAGCCCUUCCAUCCGGGCUCUCUACACCAAAAUGGUUCCCGUGGCUGUUUCCCAUUCUGAAUUCUGGCAGCGCUACUUCUAUAAAUUGCAUCGCCUGGAGCAGGAUGAGGCCCGGAGGGAGGCUCUGAAGCAGCGAGCGGAGCAGAGCAUUCACCAAGAGGAGCCAGGCUGGGAAGAGGAUGAAGGUCCCAGCCCAGCUGCAGCCGACCCUGCUGCACUGUCAGCUCUGCUGCGCUUGCUGAAACAUCUAUCGCUUCUCUUCUGCCUUCCUACAGAGGAGUUCUUGGGGAUGUCACCCCUGCCUUGUGCAAACGUGAAAUUUCCAGAAGCAGCAGAGAAGGAAUCUGUUCCUGCAGCCCUGGAGGGAAGCCACCCCACUGCUCACAAGGGACCCUCAGAGGAAAGCUGGGCCGUCCUCCCUCCGGAGCCAGCCCCAGUGGAAAGGAGCCCCUCGGAGAGCAGUGAGAGCAUCUCCCUUGUGACUCAGAUUGCAAACCCUGCCUCUGUGCCUGCUGCGCAGCUACAGACUGGAGUGCAACCAGCUGGGACCGGAGACCUCUCUCAGAGGCUGCUGGAGGCCACCACAGAAGAGCAGAACUCCCGGCCAAAGCCCCCAGAACCUGGUCGUCUUUCUGCACCUGCCCCAGAGUCAGCAGCAUCCUCAGAGAAACCGACUGUUACAGAGCUCAAAGAGGUGGAGAGCAAAGCCCAGGGCAGGACAGAGACUCUGAGAGAGGAGGGACCAACAGAUCUACGAGUUUUUGAGCUGAACUCGGAUAGUGGGAAGUCCACUCCCUCCAACAAUGGCAAAAAAGGCUCCAGCACGGAUAUCAGCGAAGACUGGGAAAAGGACUUUGAUCUGGAUAUGACUGAAGAGGAGGUGCAGCUGGCGCUCUCUAAGGUGGAAGUGUCUGGGGAGUUGGAAGAUGAAGAGUGGGAAGACUGGGAAUAAAGCGACUGCUUCCAGUGUGCGUCACAGGCUCAUUUCCACCAUCGAAUGUGAAUUAAAUCAAGGACCGGC